AUGGACUAUUCCAACUACCCAGAUAAUCAAUCCCAGCCAUUCUCGCUUUAUGGGCUGCCCACCCCCGACCAGCAGCCUCAGCCACCCUCGGACAAUGGGCUCCGCGAUCCCUUCUCACUGAACAACUAUAACCAGUACUUUCCCGGCUUCGAUCCUUCUGUCCGCCUCGACCCCUCCUCAUCCUUCGUGCCGCCGCCACAUUCGCCGCCGGACUCCUAUAGCAAAACCUCCGUCUCUAGCCAUGACCCGAAUAAUAAUACCAAACCAGGCACCUCCUCUAUUGAUGGAGAUGAGAAUCUGUUUGGCGACCCGGCUCUAGGUCGAAGCAGCAGCGAGGAGAAGGAAUCGAUGACGCCAGCGCAAACGAAGCGCAAAGCGCAAAACCGAGCAGCUCAACGCGCAUUCCGCGAACGAAAAGAGAGGCAUGUGAAAGACCUAGAGGAUAAAGUCAACAGCCUGGAGGAUUCAUCCACCUCUCUUAAUGCAGAUAAUGAGCGCCUGAGGCGCCAGCUCGCCAAAUACGCAACGGAGAAUGAGAUUCUGCGUGCCACAUCACAUUCUCUAAAUGGCAAUAACAAUCGUCCGCCAAAAGAACAACCUCAAGCCCCCGUUACGGGACCCAUGGAAUAUACUCCCAUCGACUUCGUUUCCAAAGUCACGUCCGAGGAAUCCGGAUGGGUUCCACACCCUGGUUCGACACCGCUCAGCCCUCAGAGUCCGCAGCAGCACCGUAUCACGGUGUGCCAGGCUACCGGCGAGAAGCUUCUUGGCCCCGGCGCGACUUGGGACCUUAUCCAGAACCAUGAGCUCUUUAAGCGUGGUGAAGUGGAUAUAGGUAUUGUCACAGACAAACUCAAGGGCCUAGCCCAGUGCGAUGGCCAGGGCCCUGCUUUUAAAGAAGGCCAAGUGCGCUUGGCUAUUGAACAGAGUGCGGCCGAGAGAGAUGACCUACUUUGA